ACAGGUAGACGCCACCCACACUAUAGUUCCCUCCGACCCAGCUAGUGUCUCUCAGUUCAGUAACCUACGGUGAGAGAAGAAUACGUGUGGGCUUGAUGCUGCUGCUGCUGCUACCCCUUGAUAACCACAGAUCUUGUCGUGUGAGUGGUGAGGAUGGCUGGUACCUGGGUCCUCCUCCUCCUUCUUGUGCCUCUGGUCGACCAUGUCAUCGGAGACUCGACCCUUCACCCACCCAACACCUCCUCUAGCCUCAUCACAUCUCUCCGUAUCUCUCUAGUCUCUGCCCUUCGAGAUCUCCCCGCGACCACAGACACGACGACCCCACUGUACAUCCCAAGUCCCACUCCUUAUCCAGUCACUGAUGUACCCGACUGUAAGUCUUGGAUCCACCCUGAUGUGCUGCGCAAUAUUCCCGAUGUAGUGGCGAGGUUGCCCCUGGUGGUGAGUAUGGCAAGCGUGGACUACUACACAAACAUCUCCCUCGUCAUGGUCAGCGCGACAGGUUCACUCCUUGCCUGUGUUACGCUGGUUCCCAGAGGAGGCCUCACUGUCGUAGAGGUGUAUGCUGGUCACUGCCAGAACGGAGAGGCUGUCAGGCGCACGACUUGGCCAUCUUCGGUUUUAUUUGAUAAUAAUACGUGGCCGCCAUCAUUAAGGUCUCAUGGCGGCAGCAGAGAAUAUUUCCACAUAGACGUUCAACCUGGAGAGUCAAAGACAUCUGUCGCCCUGGCACCAAAUGGCGAUCGGAAAGACAGUAUUAGUGUGAGUCUUAAUGGAGAGGCAGAGUUCCUUUAUAUUUUCGGGUACAAUAUUGAGCUGGCCAUUUCCAUGGUGUCCUUCCACGGUGGUUGUCUCACCACCAAGUGCAUGCAGUUAGCCGAGUCCGUCGGCUGGAACCAAACUGUUUACUUCCUGCCUGAUGUAAACGCCACUGAAGUCAGACUAACAAUAGAUUAUUGUUUAUUUUUUGAAAGUAAACACCUGCCUGUGACGCCUGCACACCGUCACUGGCACAGCCUGACCUUCGGUGACAACUUAACGUCCGAGGGAUAUCUCUUUAGGAGGAAAGUGUUUGUGGACGGUGAGGAGGUAAUGGACCUAAACAUCAGCACCACUCAGCCGCCCUGGAUGGCGCGCAGGGUCAGCUGGUGUCCGCUCAACGAAGCCAAAAUGGAGAUGGAAAAGGCUAUCUGGACCCUGGAGUGUGACCCAACUAGCACCGCUCCCUCCCUCCCACACCUCCCCCUCCUGCUGCUGUUUCUGAUCCCAACAUUUAUUUAGAAGUCUUGUUAACCAAACACACACAGGUACUGAUACUGAAACAGUUUAUUUAGCCAGAAAAAUACAGAUACAAGAUGAACAAUAACAUCAAUACUGACAUGGCUGAACCAAGCGGGUGGUAUUACUGUGCCAAUCAUAAGAUAAUAAUUUUAAAAAGUGUUAGACCUGUUAUAUGUAUUGAAUUAUAUAUUUUAUUAUAACUUUACCCCAUUGUUGUGAACACCCAGAUCAGUGUUACCAUCACAAGAAGGAUAUACAAUCAGUAUUACCAAAGUUCAACAGAAGAUGAGUGUUACGUGUCAACCACCUCAGUCUUGCUUUACAGAUGAUAUAACGCUCUUACAGUAUUACUUUACGGAUAAUAUUUACCCGUAAUAAAGAAACAGUAAUAUAAGUACAGUUCAUAAUAUUACAGACUAUCAUUAGUGUCGUAAGACUUCCCAAGCCUUACAUGAGA